CAUGCGCGUGUUUCUGCUGUUCACUGCUCUCACAGCCACAGCGCUGGCUGACUUGGAGCUUCAGUCUAGCUACACAGACAGCAGCACUGCAGGAAGAGUGGUGGGAGGGGAAGAAGUGCCUUAUCACAGCUCCUGGCCCUGGCAGGUUUCUCUUCAGUACUACUCAGAUGGAUCCUAUCACCAUUUCUGUGGAGGAACGCUGAUCAGGAGAGGAUGGGUCAUGACCGCUGCUCAUUGUGUUUACAGUUCCAGGUCUCUGCGUGUUGUGCUCGGUGCACUUUUCCUAUACCAGAAUCAUGGGACAGAGCAAUACAGGAGUGUCAUCAACAUUUAUAUCCAUCCUGAAUGGAACAAUCACAGCAUCUCCUCUGGUAAUGACAUCGCCCUAUUGCAGCUGUCUUCUGAGGUCUCCUUGACCUCUUACGUAAACCUGGCCUCUCUGCCUCCUUUUGGUGAGAUCCUGCCCCACUACAACCUCUGCUACAUCACUGGAUAUGGACGUAUCUCCACUGGCGGAAGCAUGUCUGCCAGGAUGAGACAGGCCUACCUCCCUAUUGUUGACCACCAGACCUGCACCAGCUCUGGCUGGUGGGGCAGCACCAUCAAGACCACCAUGAUCUGUGCUGGCGGAGGAGCUCGGUCAGGAUGCAAUGGUGACUUUGGUGGCCCACUUAGCUGCCAAGUUAACAACAGUUGGUAUGUCCAUGGUAUAGCCAGCUUUGUGUCUGGUAUGGGAUGCAACGCUCCCCAGAAGCCCACUGUCUUCACCCGCGUUUCUGCCUACAUAACAUGGAUGAACUCGGUCAUGAACAAUGGUUGAAGUGGAUUGCAUUUUUUCAACAGACACUACUCUGAACUGAGCUUGUUCUUUAUCUGCAACUAAUUUGACUGUUCAAACCUUCU